ACAUCGUCUGUUUGUUUUCAUUUUGGACGAGAGAACUUCUUGGUGUUGAGUUUAAUAAAUCAAUACUGGCAAGUGUGUACGCAUGCCAUGGCCUCCCCAGUUGGUGAGGAGAUUCUGGAAGAUGUACCCAUUGAUGAUUUCAGAGGUGCAACGCUGCGUCUGGAUCCUGCCUCCAGACAACCAUCAAGAAGUGUCAGUCCCAACUCUGACAACAACAGAUUCCUAGAUGAUAAAAAUCGUCCCAUCCUGCGCACAGCAAUCAGUGACCCUACUACAGAUGUUGUUACUCCGCCCACUCCCGACCAAGCCAACAACUUUUAUUGUAGUCAAGGUUUGAGUCGGUCCUUUUAUCAGCAGCCCCCCAUUGGGCAGCCACGGCGGGCCUCGUGGCAUGCAGAUACAGGAAGCGAGCCUGCCAUAGAUGAAUUUUUUUCUGUCAGAGUUGGGGCACUUGAGCAGGCAGUGGAAGAGUGCCAGCAUCUCACAGAUCCAGAGACUGAUGGGCCAAUCAAAGGAGCAUGGCUAUUAACUGAGAUCAAUCACUGGGAUAUUGAAAAAGAACGUGUUGUGAUUCUGUGUGAUUUGUCGCUCUUGGUGGUCAAGUAUGAUUUCAUUGCUCUUCGCCACAUUGAAUUUACGCGUAUAUGUUUGUCUUCUCUGCAAAACCUUCAGAUUGGAGAGCUGACAUAUCCAAGCCACUCCCUUGUACCCCGGAUAAAUGGCAUUGCUGGGGGUGUGGUGACAGUCAUCCGCAGUUGUCUGUUGAGUCGCUUACAGAGUACCAUAGCCACACUUAGUUCACGAGCAACUGGAACUCCUGGUUCUCCACUAAAAGAAUCAGCACCAGAGAAGCAAUUCUCAUUAUCGACUGUCAGCUUUGAACCAAGGGCACGCAACAUGCAAGGAUUCCGUGUGACGUGGAACAAUGGCCACCAGAUAUCAUUUGCUCAGAAAUGGAACCCUUGGAGUAGAGAUAUACCUUACACAACAUUUACCUCCCAUCCUCUUUAUUGGUACACAGGUUGUGAAAACAGCACCUAUGAUGCCAAGAGCCUCGCGAAAGAACUAAAAUUAGCGAUAGAGAAUUUUCAAGACAGGCCUGAUACAGCCGCAACUUGCAGUGUCAGCCAGAGUCCUAUCAUUAUUGAAAAUUAUGUAGGAAUUGCAUCUCUACUUCACAAUGCUACAGAACUUGGCUUCUUCAAGCUUCGGGGGAAAGUGAGCUUUUGAAAAGGUUUGGCGGCUUGCAGCGUGAGCCAUUAUGAACCAAAGAAUGCAACGAGCACCAAAAGUUUAGGUUGAAGGUUGAAGAAAAUUUGAAGAUUAGAUGCAUUUGUUGAGUGAUUGAAGAUUUGAUACACUAUAAUAAUUUACUGAGAGAUGGAAGAUUAUCUUCAGAAGAUAUUCACAGGAUUGUAUGUUUUUAUCUUCUGUUUGUUCUUGAUUGUGUUAAUAUUACAGUUAAAUCACCACACUCAUACUUUCUUUCUCAUCCACACUCUUAAUCUCUAACUUUUUUCAUCAUCUCAUUAUCCCAUUUUAAUACCUUUUCUCUUCCACUACUACUUCCUACUUGGGAAUCUUUAUUGAGAAAAUGUUUCACCAGUCAGUGGCUUCUUCGGUCCGGUACAGAGAAGAAAACGAUGUUCUUUUCUGUAUUGGGCUGAAGAAGCUACUGGCUGGUGAAACGUUUCCUCAGUAAAGAUCGCCAAUUGUUGAAUGAGUGUCUCAUUCUUCAACUUGUUGAUUUUCAAAACCAAUUUCAUCUUUCCAUUUCUUUCAUUCUUCCUUCUGUUCUUUACCUCACCCUUUAAAAUAUUUUUCUUUGAUCUUUUCCUACGCUUCCUUUAUGUCAUUAGGUUAAGUACUAAUGUGGAUAUAUUAGUAAUAUUUAUUUUACGAAAGAAUCUCCUAGAGUAAAUACUGCUUCAUAUUAAUGACACUAUGUGGGCCACAGCAACAGCUGGUACUGUAUUCAGCUGUCUGAGUAGUGUGCAUACCCGAAUGUUAUGAAAAUUAAUGAGUUUUUUAUGUUAAUACCAAUUAUGAUGAUGCUGUGCUAAAUUUUAUUAGUGCUAGCUAGAUCUAAAGAAUGAGUUGUAAAGGUAAGUGUAAGCAAUGUUAAGAUUUUCAGUCUCUUUAGACUGAUCAUGUAUCAGGAAGGCAGUAUAGGUUGAGUGUACUUUUGUGAAUGUAACGGUAAUUAUCCUAUCAGUUGAUGCAGGAGGCAUGAGCAUCAGGAACAGUUUAUUGAUUGUGAAACAAGUCAUAUAAUUACAUUUCAAUUAGGCAUUCAUGUUUUUCUUUUGUAGCAUUGACAGGAGAAUGUACAAAGUUGUACACAGACCAAAGAUCUUCAGGAUUACACUUACAUCAUCCAGCUUACAUGUACACAAAGUUCUAGAUAUAAUGGGACAGUACAAUAUCGAGUUAAGUAGGAAAUAAGAUUGCAAAGAAUAAUUAAUUGAAUAUUUAGCAUGCUUUGAGUGAACUAGUCAUAGAUUCUUUGAAAUAAAUGUUUUAAAUUUGGAUAUACUACAUUUUCUUACUUGUAUAUUGUUACCAUAACAUAUAGCAUGAAUGUAAAAUAUACAGAAGUAAUUAGUAAUUAAUUCUAAAGUUUUAUGUAAAAUAUAAAUACCACCCCAAGGCUUAUUUCUCUGUUAUUUUGUAAAUAUAGCUUAUAUAUUCAUUUACUUUUAUCCUUAUGUUGAACUUAAAAGUUCUAGUAGGCUUUUCUGCAUUUUUAAUUAAAUUAUUAUAUAUAUCAGAGUACUUAGUACUUUCAGUAAAACUGUGCUAUCUGCCCAUCCUUCAUAGUAAGAGAAUAAGUGAUGGUUAAUAAUGAUUUUUUUAUACUAUUGUAAAUGUUGGCCAAAUCUUAGUAAGCCCCAUGAUAGAGUGUAGAGUAUAUUGUUCAAGCUUAAAGUUGGUAUUUAUCAAUCAGUUUCAUUUGUUAGCUUUAAUAUUAGCUGAACUACAUUGUUGCUUAAAGUCAACAUUUGGGUGAUGUCCAAAUAAAGGGUAAAAGUUUAGAAACACUACUCAAAUUACCUGUUUUGAACAUUAUUAGCACCUUGCAUGAAUCUCUAAGCACAUGACUAGUUUAAGGUAAAUAUUAUAUAUUUUAUACUGUGUCAGAUUGUGUUGUAAGAAUAUAAUCUAUAUAUGUGUGUAAUAUAAUCAAGUUAGAAGAGUGCUUACAAAAUAUGACAGGAUCAUAUAUAUAUAUAUAUAUAUAAAUAUAGACAUACCAUCACCUGAAUACUUAGUAAAUACAAUGAACAUAUCCACAGUUUUAUCAUUAAAACAAAUCCCACAAGAAUAAGUCUCAAGUAUGUUGACAUGGUGCCACAUAAGUACCUAAUUUACACAACAUAAAUGGGCUUAUAUAAAUGUGUGACAAACACCUGUCAGUGGUGUGAGCAAGCUCCAAGUACCAUCUAUUUCAGCCUCACACAGAGGCCAUCUUCAGCUUGUUGAUGAAGCCCUCAGUGCGAGACCAGAAUAUACAGUGCUUUUCUUGCCUUUUGCAAGUACUGUAUUUUAUUUUGUCCAUAUAGGUUUAGUUGUAUCACAUUUUGGCUUACAAGAUAGUUUUCUUAUCAAGCUGUCAGAUGCUCACCUCACUGAAGCAAACAUCUACAGAUGUCUCAGACAAACUUACUUGUAAAAUUAUUCGUCCUGUAGUUUUAGUAAUCCUUGAUGAACGGUACUGUAUUGGAAAGCUCACAUAUGGAAAAAUAAGACAAGCUGUUUUUAUCAGUUUUGUACAGUGAGAAUGAUAGUAAAUCAUGUAUCAAAUAAAGGAAAAAGAUGGGUUUGUAGAAUAUUGUGAUCUGUGAUUAAGAAGGAUUAUAAAAAAAAUAAGCCAGUGGCUCAAAAUUAUUAAAAAUAAUAGGUAAAUUUGCAUAAAAGUGGUACAUACAAGACUUUGUAGACAUACAUUUUUAUGCCUCUAAAAUUGUGUAUGUAGGUAGAAGGUUGGUAGACAGCAACCACCCAGGGAGGUACUACCGUCCUGCCAAGUGAGUGUAAAACAAAAACCUGUAAUUGUUUUACAUGAUGGUAAGAUUGCUGGUGUCCUUUUUUCUGUCUCAUAAACAUGCAAGAUUUCAGGUAUGUCUUGCUACUUCUACUUACACUUAGGUCACACUACACAUACAUGUACAAGCAUAUAUAUACACACCCCUCUGGGUAUUCUUCUAUUUUCUUUCUAAUUCUUGUUCUUGUUUAUUGCCUCUUAUCUCCAUGGGGAAGUGGAACAGAAUUCUUCCUCCGUAAGCCAUGCGUGUUGUAAGAGGCAAUUAAAAUGCCGGGAGCAAGGGGCUAGUAACCCCUUCUCCCGUAUAAAUUACUAAAUUUAAGAGAGAAACUUUCGUUUUUCUUUUUGGGCCACCCUGCCUUGGUGGGAUACGGCCGGUGUGUUGAAAGAAAGAAGAAAAUUGUGUAUAGUGUACAUCCAUUUUAAUCACUGAUUAAUUUACAAAUGUUGUAUGAUAAGUUUUAGCCUGUAUGCAGGAAUGUUGACAGUUUCUAUUUACAGGAUCAUGACAGUGUUAGAACUAAUUUGGUAUACAUAAGUACAGUUAGGAGGCGACUAAAAUGCCGGGAGCAAGGGGCUAGUAACCUCUUCUCCUGUAUAUAUUACUAAAUGUAAAAGGAGAAACUUUCGUUUUUCCUUUUGGGCCACCCUGCCUUGGUGGGAUACGGCCGAUGUGUUGAAAGAAAGAAAGAAGUACAGUUAGGUAGUAUGUAAGUCUCAUUAUUCAUGGAUGGAAGAUUGAACUUCUCACUCCUUGAGAUUAAUGUCCCACAAGGGUUUACCCCCUCUCAUACAACAUAAUAACAAAAUGAAUGAUAGAUUUUCACUUUGGAAUGCACUAAGAGUAUAUAAGGUGCAAGGUUUUUACAAAUUGAAAGUUCCUCAAGGAAGGUGCCUUGAUGCCAGUGAAAAGCUUUUGAACUAGGGAAGUGGAUCUUUUCCCCACCUCAGUAGAUUGAACCUGAGUUCUUCCUAUUAACUACACACACACUGAGAUCCCUAUGGGGUUAGCGCUUCCCUUGAUUAUAAUAAUACGAAGUAAUAUAGGGGCUUAUUUAAAAUUCUUUCUCUAGAGAUGCAAAUGAUUGGUCUAAAAUUUAUAGUGAGUUAAACAGGAAUGUAAUUUCCUGUGUUCAUUUGAGGAAGUGAGCUCUAGUUCUUGGUCCCACCUUAUUUUUGACCAGUUACAUGAAAGUAGUAAUGUCAUGCAUGCCAUGGGUUUUUAAUCUAUGAAGUUUGCUUCCAGUGUAUAUAUGUUCAUUUCAUUAUAGUUCUCUAUAACUCAUGUUGAAAAAAUAUUUAAUGAUAUCAAUGUUGCUUACUUGACUAUAAUUUCCAACUAUGCCUUCUCGGUCUUACAUUCCUAGCAAAGGGCCUAUCCCUGUUUACUUUGUCAUCAUUGUAGUGCCUCUUUUUCUUUAUUCCUGCAGCAUAAUACUUAGUCUCUUUUCCUAGCUCAUUUGCAUCAAUUCAGUCACCAGCCUUCUAGCUUUACUAGGUGGUGAUUCCACACCAACAGUGUGUUAUGUCACUCUUGUUUUAAUGUUUUUAUUGUUAGAAAGGUUAAGAAGGUCUGAAGAUAAGAUCAGAUUUUAUUCAGAUUUUUAACCAGGGGGAGGGUUAGCCACCCAGGAUAACCCAACAAAGUCAGUGCAUCAUCAAGGGACUGUCUGUCUUAUUUCCAUUGGGGUCCUUCAGUCUUGUCUCCCAGGAUGCGACCCACACCAGUCAACUAACACCCAGGUACCCUCUUAUGUGAAUGGGACAGCAGGUGAAGGAAACAUGCCCAUUGUUUCCACCUUUCCUGGGGAUCAAACCACAGACAGACUACGUGUGAGGCAAGAGCAUUGCCUACCAGGCCAUGGGCUUUGUAAGAGAAAUGAACUUAAAAGGAGGAUGGAAAGUAAAAUGUUAAUGACUAACACGUGGUGAAAAUUUUACAUGAAGCCUGUCUUUCAGGAAAAGGGAGAAGAGAAGAAAGUAUCAAGGGUGUAGAUAUAUAAGUACAGUACAUAUCUUUGGCAAGACAGUGAUAGUGUGAAUGAUGGUGAAAGUGUUUCUUUUUCAGGUUACCCUGCCUUGGUGAGAGAUGGUCAGUGUGUUAAUAAACCUAUCUGUAUCACUGCAAUGUGUUUUGCAGUUAUAGUACAUACUGUUGAAUUUUCAACUUUGGUUGAUUUCAGUCAUGGUGCAUAUCUAUUUACUGUGUAUUUUUAUCCAGAGUGCUUUGUUGUGAAUUAAACUAACAUGCUUCCAUUUUUUGUUUAACUGUAAAUUUACAGAAUUUAAUCCAUGGGGACUUAAUACUUGUACAGUAUCAGUUAUCGGAAUCGUGACUGUGAUUCAGUUGCACUGAGAUUAAAUGAUGAUCUUAUACCCUAUUGCCAAGUACAGUAAUACUAAUUCCCAUAUAGAUAUGGGUAAGGCAGAUUUAUUGUGUUACUUAUUGCUGUAAAAGAGUGUUUUAGUAAACUUUUUAGCAUUAAAAAUAAUGUAAAGUAGCUUGUGUACUUUUUUAAACAUUUUAUCUUUUAAUUUCGUUCAUCCUUUUGAAAUACAUUAUCCUUUAAAACUCUUCAUGUAUGGUGCAGUAUUAACUUACUGGAAGAAAAACUUUUAUUCAAAAAACAGGUUUAGUGCUUCUUUUUUAUUAUAAUAAUUCAAAAACAUUUUGUAACAUUGUUAUUCGUGGCAUUCUCUGUGGAAUUUGUAUAUAAGGAAAAUAAGUGCUGGGAUUGUGUUUUUACUGGAUCAAAAUUGUAAUUUGUGUAGUUUUUAAAAGAAUCAUUACUAAUAUUCCAAAUGCAGUACAGGUAGAGUACUUUAUUUUGGGUAUAGGUAUUGGUUGGAUGCAUUUUCUGAUUUAUCUUAGGAUGUCCUCUUUAAUAGGGGUCACUUGAAGCUGGUGAAAAGCUCAUUCAAGGAAUUGGAGCUUCCCUCACCUUCCUCAGAAACAACUUGAUGCUCCAGGUGCUGAAAGACCACAUAUGGUUAAGCACUUCCCCAUAAAUAUAAUGUUAAUGCCAUGGAAUGUGUGUGUUUCAUGUCUGAGUACAUGAGUGCAUGUGUGAUUGAUUCUUCCCGAUGAAAAUUUUGGUUAAGGUUUAUGUUUAUGGAGUUGAGAAUGGAAUCACAAGUAACAGAUCCUAAAAUAUGUAUAAUAAUCUGUUAGAAAACACAGUACCUCGCUAUUCUGAUAAUUCAGAUACAAGUUGUGAUGAAUGCUUUACUUUAAAAGCACAAAAAAAUUUUGUUAGAACUGAAAUUUCAGUUUGUAAAAAGAACAUUAAUUCAGCACCAUGGUGACCUUAGGCAAACAGAAUUCGUAUUUUUAAGUUCAGAUAUACAAUGGUUUUUAUUACAAAAAUAAAUAUUUAGGUAAUUAAAAUAUUCAAAUUACAAAGCAUAAUACAGUACUGUACAAGUUUCCAUUACCUUUAAGUCAGUUGUGGGGAUUAUAUUUUAAUUUCAUUUUGUUACUCUGUUUAAGACUAGUUUAUGCCUCACUUUAAGAUUUUGUAACUAGUAUUUUAUCACCAGGAAAUGUGUUGAACUUUUACUCUUGUAUGAAAGGGUAAAUAAAUCUAUAUGGUAAGUGUGAAUAAUGAUGGGCUUUUUAAUUAUCUAAUUUAAAUUUUUAUUGAGAAGGCUAUAUGAUAACUAAAAUUAGGUAAGUAGACAGGAAUUUUCAUGAAGAAUAUAAAUCAUGCCAUGGCAGGAUCAGUUUACAACUAACCCACAGUUCAACCAGCACAUGGUCAUUUAAUCUGUUCAUUAAAUUCUUGAAACAUUGGUGGUUAUGGUGUUGCCAAACUAUGUUUUGUAAGUUUUUCUGCAACACGAUAUGCUCAUAUUACUACAUAUUUCCAUAGAACAAUGAAGUAUGUAUAUGUAUUUUGAGAGGAAUAAUAGCAAACAGCUGCAGUAAACAUGAGUAUAGCAAAUUGAAGUUGUCUUCAUUGUAGUUGACAGUGAUAUGACUAUAGUGCUAUUGUGGAUCCAGAUAGCAUUCUGCUAACAUUAGUAAUGAAGAACAGACACACAUUACAGAACAAGCUUCUGUUUGGAUAACAUCUCACACAAUUUCAUCAAGUUAUAAUAGUAAAUUUUCAACUGAACCCAAUAAUAUCUCAAUAAAAGCUUAUUCUGCAACACAUCUUUUCUUAAGUACAUAGUACAUUACUACUGUAUUAGGAAGUACAUAUAAGCCUAUUAUUGUGCAUAGUGGUCGAUAAUUGUAGGGAAGUACAAAACAAACGGCAAAUAAUAUAUACUGUAUUCUUUAAAGCCAGAGUAACAACUGUUUCAGGUUUGUUGUGCUAACUCACAGGAAUUGGAUGAGUUGUGUUGUAAAAUGAUUAAGAAAAAUAAAAUUGGGAGCUGAAGCCUCUAGUGAUUCAUAAGAUAAAAUUUACAUUGAUUAUUAGUGCCACAGCAGUAAUUUCUACUGGUAUAGUAUUGUAUCUCGUGCAUAUAUUUUUUCUUUAUCAGUAUUCAUCUGUAAAAACUUGCAUUUGUGGUCUCAGUGGUGGCUCAUGAUAACCUCCCUAUGGUGUAUAGAAAUAUACCUAGUUGGAUGAAUCUUAUUUUAGCAAGCUGGCCCAGUGGCUUAUGCACUGGCCUGGAGUUUUAUGAUUCACUUGCUGUAAGUUCAGUCCCCACCUAUUCCAUGGUUUCUCAUUAUUUUGGCAUUGGCACUUCUGCAGCUUUAAUUAACAUCAAGUUAUUUGUUGGAAAUUUGGUAAUGCAGUAAAUUCUGUUAGAAUCAGCACCAUUGGCAGUGAGGUCAUGCAAUGUCAAGUGCCAGUCUCAAAUUAAUUUUUUUAUAGCAGCUACCACUUAAAUACAGUGGUACCUUGACUUACGAGUGUCCCAACUUAUGAGUUUUCUGAGUUACGAGCCGUCGCUUGGUCGAUUUUUUGCUUUGAGUUGCGAGCCAAAAUCCGAGUUACGAGCAAGCUUCAGAUACACCGCCACUAGUUGGCACAGUGAACACCACAACAUCCUCCCAGCAUUUUGUGCUUUUUCUGCAGUUAUUUUGCCAAAUUUCUUUUUUCUAACCAUGGGUCCUAAGAUAGUAAUUGCAAAGGACAGUGCUAAAGAGAAGAAGAGGGUGAUGUCCAUUGAAUUAAGGCAUGAAAUCAUAGAAAAAACAUGAAAAAAUCGCUUUUGUUUCAGUGUUUUCCUUAUGAAACUAGUAAUCUAAUGAAGUUAGCCUCACAAAUACUCAGUUUUCUCAUAUAAUAACACCUCAGAAGGGCAAGAAUGGGAAGAUAUGUUCAGAGCAAUAAUUAUUUUUACCUCAGGAGUGGCCACCACCAUUUGUCACAUAAUGACAUAAAUAUUUUAUUCUAGAGUAUAUAUCAUGUUUCUAUCAUAUUAGAUCAGUUGUGAUAGAUAAAUAAGCCGUACAGUUGAUAUUAGCGUUAUAUUGAAGUAUUUUUUACUGCUUUCCGAGAGCCAGGAAUUCUACUGGAACGGAUUAAUGGCAUUUCAAUUAAUUUCAGUGAGGAAAAUUGAUUUGAUACAUGAGCAAAUGAGUUAUGAGCUCGGUCACGAAACGACUUGAACUCGUAAGUCAAGGUACCACUGUACUUAGUGAAAAUGGGAUACAAUAAGAUGACUGCUACAACAGUGUAAUAGAAAGUAAAAUAUUUUAAAUAAUUUUUUUUUUCCACCAGUCAUCUCCCACUAAAGUAAGAGUGACUCUUUAAAAAAAAGGAAACAUUCACCAUCUUUCAUUCAUUAUGAUGAAAAAUGUAAUUUUUGUUUUGGGUCACCUUCCUUUGGAGGGAGACGACUGAUGUUAUUGGGCUAUGGUAAACUUUGGAUAACUGAAACCAUGGAUAUGGAAGUCCUAAUGUACAUUUAAUAUUUUUAUUAACACAUCGGCAGUUUCCCACCAAGGCAGGGUGGCCCGAAAAAGAAAAACUUUCGUCAUCAUUCACUCUAUCACUGUCUUGCCAGAGGCAUGCUUACACUACAAUUAUAAAACUGCAACAUUAACACCCCUCCUUCAGAGUGCCGGCACUGUACUUCCCAUCUCCAAGAAUCAAGCCCAGCCUGUCAGUUUCCCUGAAUCCCUUCAUAAAUGUUACCUUGUUUACGCUCCAACAGCACGUCAAAUCCUAAAAACCAUUUGUCUCCAUUCGCUUCUAUCUAACACAUUCAUGCAUGCUUGCUGGAAGUCCAAGCCCUUUGCACACAAAACCUCCUUUACCCCCUCCCUCCAACCUUUCCUAGGCUGACCCCUACCUCUCCUUCCCUCCACUACAGAUUUAUACACUCGAAGUGAUUCUUUUUCGUUCCACUCUCUCUACAUGUCCAAACCAUUUCAAUAACCCCUACUCAGCCCUCUGGAUAAUAGUUUUGGUAAUUCCACACCUCCUAAUCUCCAGACUAUGGAUUCUCUGCAUUAUAUUCGCACCACACAUUCCCCUCAGACAUGACAUCUCCACUGCCUCCAGCCUUCUCCUUGUUGCAACAUUCACAGCCCUUGCCUCACACCCAUACAAGAGCAUUGGUAUAACUGUACUCUUAUACAUUCCCCUCUGCUUUCAUGGAUAAAGUUCUUUGUCUCCACAGACUCCUAAGUGCACCACUCGCCUUUUUCCCCUUAUCAGUUUUGUGAUUCACCUCAUCCUUCAUAGAUCCAUCUGCUGACACAUCCACUCCCAAAUAUCUGAACACAUUCCCCUCCUCCAUACUCUCUCCCUCCAAUCUGAUAUGCAAUCUUUCAUUACCUAAUGUUUUUGUUAUCCUCAUCACUUUUAAUUUCCUUCUUUUACAUACCCUACCAAACUCACCAACCAAGCUCUGCAACUUCUCUUCAGAAUCUCCCAAAAGCAGUGUCAUCAGCAAAGAGCAACUGUGACAACUCCCACUUUGUGUUGGAUUCUUUAUCUUUUAACCCCACACCUCUUGCCAACACCCAAGUAUUCACUUCUCUUACAAUUCCACAACAGUCUCUCCGCUAGUCAAUAUGGCUUUCGUAAGGGUCGUUCUACCAUAGACCCCUUACUACGCUUGGAUACAUAUGUUCGUAAUGCCUUUGCGAAUAAUCACUCAGUUAUUGCCAUAUUUUUUGACCUUGAGAAGGCAUAUGACACAACUUGGAGGUAUAAUAUUUUGGCCCAGGCCCAUUCCUUAGGCCUCCAAGGCAAUCUACCAUCCUUCCUUAAGAACUUUUUAACUGACAGACAUUUCCGUGUUCGAGUCAAUAAUGUUCUUUCCCCGGCCUUCGUCCAAGCUGAAGGUGUCCCUCAGGGAUGUGUUCUAAGCACAACACUUUCUCCUUGCUAUAAGUGAUUUGGCCUCUGUUCUUCCACCCAAUAUUUGGUCAUCACUCUAUGUUGAUGACUUCGCUAUUGCUUGUGCAGGCGCUGACUGUCAUUUUAUUGCAGUUUCUCUCCAGCA